AUGGCCUUCACACCACUCCAAGCCGCUCCCCUCCGCUUCGCAGAGUUCAUGGAGCUCGAAAAGCAGAAGCUCUACGACCGUUUCUGGCAGCACUUCAUUCGCGAGAACGCCAUCGAAAGGGACCGUCAGCGCGACGGCGGGCUUACUCCAGCGGCGAUACACCUCUACUGGUUGCGGGGCUGGGUCAAGUACGUCGUGCAGACCCAAGCUGACGGGAGCAUCUGGCUCGUUCCGGUGUGGUUGCCCACCGACUACGAGCGGCUCGUGAUGCCCUGGCUCGAGUUCCGGGCUAUGUCCAGGCUCGAUAGGCCCCACUACAUUGCGGGCAUCGAGGCCCGGGGAACAACUGGGCCUCGACAGGUUCAGGUGGGGGAGGAGGAAAAGCAGGAGGAGCACGAAGAAGAGCAGAAGCAGGAGGAGCACGAAGAAGAGCAGAAGCAGGAGGAGCGGGAAGAAGAGCAGAAGCAGGAGGAGCGGGAAGAAGAGCAGAAGCAGGAGGAGCGGGAAGAAGAGCAGAAGCAGGAGGAGCGGGAAGAAGAAGACGAUGAAGAGGAGGAGGAGGCGGAGGAGGAAAGAGGAAGAGGAAGAAUGAUGGAUGAAAGACUGCAGUAG